UUGGAGACAAUUGUGAAGUCAGCUCAUUUCGUCGGGGAGGCGUGACCUGUGACACAGUCGAUUCUCCUUCUCCGUCGGCGGUCGCCGAUUGUGACGCGUGACUGACCAUUACAUACAGCAAGUUCCUUCUGUUCGAACCGAUUCAUCCCGCAUAGGUAUCGCGUAUCGGAAGACAUGUGGAUUAUGCCACGCAACUUAGAAGCAAGUCGAUCAGACGCCAACACUGGCGACAAAAAUACUCGUUGCGUCACUGGCUGGCUGUACGAAAUAAGUUCGAAGGGAUCUACACUCCGGACUUUUCACUCUUCCAAUGUUGUCCAGAACAAGUCCACAUUGAACGGUUCCGCAACCGAAUUUCGGACCAUUGUCGGGACCGACGGGAUCGUACCUCCGCCAAGGAGGAGCGCACACUCGAAGGGAGACCCUCUCUUGCGCUUGAUUGUAGUCUAGGUUAUCUCCACCACUCACGAAAGAACAUACUGGCGCCACAUCGGUACGGAACUCUCCGCCAGACGCAAAUCAUCCAUGUUGCAUGCAUGGUUACGACGAACUCGGAUAAACGGCUGCGUGCGACUCUGGGCUUCUAGGCGGUCUUCCUGGCUCCACUAGGCUAUCAAGAGGAUGCUCGCACGCAAGUACUCGUUGAAGGAUCGGUCCGCUCGCUAUGUAGACCGGACCGUACCAGACCAGGCCAGGCCAGGCCAGACAUAUUCUGUUAACCGAAGAAAACGUACCGACCCAAACGGUUCGACAAUUAGAUUUUAACAUUACAGCGCGGGAAUCAAUUACUGGUGGCGACUGAGACGGUCUCUAUGACUCCGAGGGCUCAUUGGUAAUGCUGACCACACAUUGCGAUAUUUCCAAAUCUGUUGUCGACUGCAGAAUCUCCGCAAGAGAACUCAGAUCUGUAAUGCACUCGAUAUGAUCACUAUCUGUCACUCGCAUGAAAAGGAUUUCGAAGACGGGUCUUGGUUCUCGUGCUCCGCGGCUUGGAAAAAAUGCUUGACGUCUCCAUUUCCUCCCGCGCUGUGAUGGUACCGCAUAUGGGUUUGUCAGCUACCGACUAGAAAACGACGACCGUCCGUGGCUGGGUUCUCAAGUACCCAUUCUGCCGCGAUCUCCCGAAAAGCAAUGUCUACUCAGUUUCUUUCAAACAUGCUCUGGCCGGAAGCUGUCCCGGAUCGCUCUGGAGAGGGCGCCUCCGCGCCUCUAGUCUGGCUCAUCACAGGGACUUCGUCUGGUUUGGGACGUAGCCUGGUGGGCCAAGUGCUCGCACGGGGCGACCGUGUCAUCGCCACCUCGCGGUCUUUGGAUGGGGUGAUGGACUUGGAGGGGACGAGCGAGAACCUCAAGGUUCUGAAGCUGGAUGUAACAGCUGGAUUCGACGCGCUGGAGUGAGUGCGCUGAUUCGCUGUUCCGCCUCGGAGACUGACGGUUGGUUAGAUCGACAUUCCGUGAUGCAGUCGCUCUCUGGGGCAGAAUAGACGUGCUGGUCAACAACGCUGGCACCCUCAUCACUGGCUUCUUGGAGGAGGGAGGAUCAACGCUGAUGCGGAGGCAGUAUGAGGCAAACGUGUUUGGUCUUAUGGACGUAACCAAUGCGUGUUUGCCACAUCUUCGAGCUCAAGGUGGAGGGACAAUCGUCAUCGUUGGCAGUCGAUCCGCUUGGAGACCGGAGGUCACUGUAAGUCGAGUCGUGCUCUGAUUGAUUGAUCGCUCAUUCGAUUGCAGGGUCUAGGUAAUGCUGAUCCAUCGAUCCUGAUAUCAACGGAACACUUGUUGACCGUUCCCAGGCGCAUACGCGAGCUCCAAAGCGGCAGUCAGAGCUUUGACCGGCACGCUCUCUGUGGAGCUAAAGCCAUUUAACAUCCGGAUGUUACUGGUCGAGCCAGGCUCUUUCAGGACGGAUGUCGUUCGCGUCGACCAGAAUCACGAUAUGAGCAACCCGAUCCCGGCGUACAACGAAUCAAGAGAAAAGAACUACCAAUCAUAUGCUGCUCUCAACGGUUCGCAAAGCGGGGAUCCAGAUAAAGGAAUGUCGGCGCUCGUCGAUGUGGUCAAGGGCCAAGGCAGAGCCAAGGGGAAGCCGUGGCCGACAUACCUUGUUCUGGGUCCAGACGCUGAAGACGAUGUGCGAAAGAAAUGUCGGCUCAUGACCUCUUAUCUAGACACCUGGGGAGAGCUCGUUCGAGAUGUGAACUUGCAGUAGCCAUUAUAUCAGAAUGCGUCUAUCACAUUUUCACCCAAACGUCAUCCAGCUCCCAAAAGACGCCAUAUUUAUUGAAUGGUAUUAGGGAACUGCUCCAUCAACCGCUUCAGGUCACAGGAUCCCGGUACAAGGAACGAUAGCGCCAUGAAGAAGCCAGAUGAGGGCUUUCUCACAAAUCCGAAUCGAACCUUGCGCAAUGGCGUGCACCGGGAAUUACCAAGCCAGGGCUAUAUAAGAAUGUAUGACAGACACGAUUCCGCAAUAUCUGUCAAACAUGCCUGUCCCCGUCCCAGAACUCGGCUCUUACAACUAUGUUGCAGAGACAAAGGAAUCGCUGGAUUGGGCUGAGCUCCCAACCGUUGACUUGAGCCAGCUGUCUACUCCAGAGGGCAAAAAGGCACAAGCAGAUAUCCUCAUCCGCGCACUCCGCGAGAAAGGCUUCUUCUACGUGAAGAACUUUGGGAUCUCGCAGGAACGCGUGAACCGUCAGUUCGCCAUCGGCAAGUCUUUCUACGAGCUGCCUGUCGAGGAGAGGUUGCAAUAUGUGCCGGACGGCUUGGACCAGGGCAAGUUCAACGGAUAUGUCCCCGCUGGACGUCGUUUCAUCGAUCCCGAGCGUACUAUCAAGGACCAGGUCGAAAUCUAUAACAUUCCCAAGUUCAACGGUUAUUUCGAGCACAAACACCCACAAGUCGUCGCCCAGAGAUUGGAGGAGAUUGAAGAGUUUUCCCGAGCACUGCACACCGAGGUGCUAGACCCGCUAUUUGUUUUGCUCGCCAUAGCUUUGGAGUUGCCUGAAGACUACUUCACCAAGCUCCACCAAUAUCCUGUCAAGAGCGAAGACCACCUUCGCUACAUGAGAUACCAAAAGUAUCCACCCGAAGUCAAUGCCAGACUGACGAAUUGGGUCUAUGGUCACACCGACCUCGGCUCCUUCACACUGCUCUUCCGCCAGCCUGUGGCGGCCCUGCAGAUCCGCGAUCCCGUGCACGACGAGUGGAAAUGGGUCAAACCGCAGGAUGCGACAUUAACCGUGAACGCUUGUGACGCGUUACAGUUCCUGACGGGCGGGUAUGUCCGAAGCACCAUCCAUCGCGUAACCAUUCCGCCAAAGGAUCAACAACAUGUCGACCGCCUGGGUCUGCUGUACUUCUCUCGCCCGCACAAUGAUGUAAAGCUGGCCACGAUACAAGAGUCCCCGGUUUUGAAGGAGGCCGGCUACACGCAGAACGGCUUCGAAAAGACCGGCAACCCUGUGCCCACGAUGGAAGGCAAGUCAGGAGCGUAUUGGACGUUUGCGAAGCAGAAGUGGCAACGAACAACGGCGCAAAACCAGAAGGAGGACCAUGGUACUGCGGUCAUCUUGCCGGGCUUCAACGAGCAAGCGUACGCCUGAUUUCUCCU